GUGAUAAUUAUUAAACAUUCUUUGCUUAAAUCAAGUCUGCAGUGCGAAUUCUUUCUCAUGAAUUCUUAUUGACAAAGUAGUCAUGGUGUACAUUUCUUGCAAGUGUCCUCAAAAUCUACGAGACCCUAUAUAUAAAACUGAAAUCUUGGAGAGCCUGUAAAUUACAAAUAUAUUUGUUUGGUAAAUUACAUCAUGUCGUACUUGCCACCAAUGAUGAUCGCUUCAGACGUAAUAGGCCGAGUUCAUGAUCAUCAACUGAUAAAGAAGGAGGAUUAUCAUGCUCGCGAGGGCGAUCUCUGUUAUGGCUGCGGUUUACUCCUAGAUGAAUCAUCGUCUGUUUAUCAUUGUCCUCACUUGGGUACAAAUGACGAAGAAUACAAUUGUGCUACUUUCUUUCUUCACAAAGCCUGUGCACAUUUACCUACUAUGCUGAAGCAUCCGAACCACCAUCAUCGGCUAACACUAUCUCACCGUCCAUUAUUUUUUAAAGACAAAUGUAAUGUUUGUGGCAUCAAGUUGACAGGGUUCACUUACUAUUGCCGCUCCUGUAAGGAUGAAUUUCAAAUUUGUGUCGCGUGUGUUAUACCGAUCAAAACAAUUGAUAUACGCCCUCCUUAUCAUCCUCACAAGCUAAGCUUCCAAGCCAACGGCCAAGCAACUUUCCGUUGUGAUGCCUGCCAUGAGGUGGAUACUGACUUUUCGUAUAUGUGCAACACAUGUUCGUUCUGGAUCCACCUCAAGUGCAGUAAUCUACGACGAUCAUUAGUCUCUGAUAUUUACCAUAAGCACCCUCUAAGGCUAGCAUAUUCUCUACCAGAAAUUUACCGUAGAUUUCAACAGUCUUGCAGAAUCUGUAAUGAGGUAUUGCAGGACCCAAGUGAUUGGAUCUACUACUGUCAGGACUGCAGAUUCUUCGCGCACAUCAAAUGUGCUACAUCACCUCCGCCAUAUUAUUUUGAUAUUGUUUACACCAGUCAAGAAGAUUCAGUUCAUAAAUCAUUAUCAGAUCUUGUGCACCUCCCGCUACCAGACGAUGAAUCAUUGUUGCGGCAUUGUAUUCAAAAGGGAAGUUUUUCAUGGUGGAAGGAUGCUGCCCUGACACCUCCUGAUCAUAUCCACCACUGGAGCCACGAACAUCCACUUUCACUAAAAAACCCGAGUGUUGUAGGUACUACUUCUGAAGAAGAAAUAUUGCCUAUUUGUAACGGGUGCACGGAAUCUAUCACCAUAAAAGAUGGUCCAUUUUAUGAAUGCGGAGAAUGUGAGUACAUUCUCCACGGAUACUGUGCCCACUUUCCAAAAGAGAUGUCUGACCCAGGACUAGGACGCAAGCAUGUGGCAAUUCAACUUAAUGUCCAUGAUAUCUGGUCUUGCAAUCGUUGUAAAGGUUUUAGAAAUGGGAUACAAAUGCGAGGCAGAUAUGAAACUAGUUGGGGAAAGAUAAGUACAGUUGAUACCAAUCUUGACAGUGGUUGUGCUGUUCUACCCAAAAUGAUCACACACAAAGCUCAUCAACACAAAACUCGUCCUUACGGUUUUGGCCUAGAACAUUGUUUUAUUGAAUCUUUUUUUACUUGUUCAGCUUGCGGCCAAUAUAUAAAACAGUUUGAUGCCAGUUAUAUGUGUGAAGCAGACAGGUGUUUGACAUACCUACAUACCGAAUGUGCUCUUAAGCCACUUCGAGUGACACAUCGAUGGGAUCCUCACCCCCUUCACUUGACAACUUCCCUAGAAGAAGUAACAGAUCAUCCUCAUGAGUUCCACUGUGAAUUUUGCUCAGAAGAGAUAGACACAAACUAUUGGUUCUACCAUUGUAGUGUUUGUGAUCUGUCCUUUCAUUUGAAAGGCUGCAUGGAUCUGUUUCUCUACUCAAAGGUCAAGUUCGGAGCAACCAAUAUUAAGCUUGAUGCUCACCAUCAUGGCCUCACCUUUGUUCUAAAUAAAAAGAAGGGCCAACCAUGUCACAGAUGCCAUAAAGAUACAUUCCGUAUGCCAGUCCUUCAGUGCGCGCCAUGCAAAUUCGUGCAGCAUGCCCAGCCUGAGUUAUGCUCUUGAUGUUGAUUUCUAAAUCUUCUGAUUGUUUGCUUGUAUUAAUAUUUUACAUUUUACCUGCUCUGUUUUAUCAUUUGGUGAAUAAUAUAUAAAUUUUAUUAUC